GGAGUCGUGCAGCGUGCAGCAUGUUGUAUCACCUGUUGCUACAGACAGUAAACACACAACAGUCAGCAGGUGUGUCACCCGGUCAGCCUCACCUCCUGCAGUAUGAGCUUGAUGACGAUGCAGACGUGGAGAAGCCCGUCAACGACUUGUCACAAGAGGCAAGGGAAGGGACGUUGUACGUCAUCGCUGAUGAAGUGGACAGUGACAGCUUAGGCCUCCAGACUUUUUGUAGUGAGCUGCUGCUACGCGUUCCUCGUCUCCAUCUUUGGGCGGGGAUUGGUUACCAUACAUACCAUAUACCCGCCGACUGGGAAGAGGAAUAUUUAACCAGACCCAUCCGCUGUCCGCCCGCCGUUGUCAGGGAACUCGAGCAGUACGUGAGUACUUCUAAAGUCCGUGAUGUCCUGCCGUACAGCGAGCGAGGUGUGUCCGACCACACAGACGGCCCGCCAGUCAGGCGAAUGUAUCACCGAAGUCAGGGUCACUCAGGUGACAGGCCAGGUGACUGUGUGACGUGUGGUCGUGAGGUGGCCAGCUUCCUACACAGUCUACGUGUUGAUGUGACAGAGAGUGACACAACAUCUACAACAAUCACUACCACCUGCGGCGGCACAACACCCUGUCUACAGUGGAGAGACGUGCUGGUGUUGGACUGGGGUGACGUUAGUGAUCAGUCAGGUAUGGUGAGAGGACUGCAAGAAGCGGGUAUCCCAGUGCGGGUGAUGAAGGAUGAUGACAUCGAGGACGUGGCCACGGCCCGCAGUGACGUGGUGUGGAUGACGUGUGAAGGUCGUGUUUGUGGUCUGGAGAGAAAAGUCGUCGUCUGUCUGGAGGACCCUGACGAUAAGAAUUUCAAAUAUGCAAUAAGUUCAAGACUGUUGAGUAGUAUAUCCAUGUCCCGCUGUACGUCACAACUUGUGAUUGUCUACCUUGAUGACAAGCCUCCUGAAGGUGUGUCACGGACCAUCCGCAGACAUGCGCAUUCUUACCAAAAACCAAUAUAAGAUCGCUUAAGGGUGGGCGUCCCUCCUUAGAGGCACCAAUAAUUAUUAGAACCAAACACAAGUUUACAAGAAGACA